AUGUUGGAUGAGGACGAUACAUUCGCAUCAGUCAGCUGGGAUGACCCACCUCAACCACAGGCGAACAGCAGCCAGCACCACUACCAGCAGGAACCGAUUCGAGAGUACACCCAACAGGACCUGGCUACUUCAGAACAACAACAAGAAGAACUUCAUCAUCAAAACACUAACAGCAACAGAAGACACUCAACCGGGAACCUCAACUCAGACUCACCAAAAAACCAGCAACCAAACUCAUCCCUGACAGUCCAUGUCAAACUUCCCGUACGAGAACUCGAAGGAACCAAGGAUAGCUUUGUCUCCUAUCUGGUCACUGCACAGACCGAUCUGUCCAUCUUUCAAUCUCCAAACCCCUCCUCAAGAAGAAGAUUCCAAGACUUCGUCUUCCUUCAUGACCAUCUCAUCAAAGACUUCCCGGCCUCUGUUGUCCCUCCCCUCCCGGACAAAUCCAGAUUGAAAUACGUUACCGGUGACCGAUUUAGUCCUGACUUCGUAGAGAGACGUCGGAGUGGAUUAGAAAGAUUUAUGCAAAGACUAGCGAGACAUCCGACCUUAUCGAGGUCAAAGCUACUGCGCUCGUUUAUCGAAUCGAGCCAAUGGAACGUGGACAUGCACACCCAUCUAGCCCAUCCACCGGUCCCGGAGGCCCCAGCAACGCUGCUCGAGAUGGCCUCAGAUACCCUGCUCAAUGCUUUUUCUAAGGUCCGUAAACCUGAUGAAAGGUUCCUCGAGAUCAGGGAUGGCUUGGAGCGCUUCGAGGAACGCUUGGUGGCUAUCGAACGGAUCGAAGGAAGAUCCAAGACUCGCAUCACCGAUUUGGCUAGUGAUUAUGAGGACCUAGCCGCAUCCAUCCAAGGCCUAGGAUUCCUUGAAUCUGGGAUCACCGAUCCAUUAUCACGCUUCGAAUCAGCCUUACUAGACUACAGUAUCGGUCUGCGUGAUUUAAACACGACGACGACGACGCCAUUAAUAACGAAACUAGUGUCCUUGAUCAACUAUUCAGAUAGUUUCAGGAAUGUGUUGAAGUUACGAGACCAGAAGCAAUUAGAUUUCGAGGAUCUUUCGUCCUAUCUCUCUAAUCUGACGACCGAACGAGACCGCAUCGCCGCUGGUUUCUCGACUAAUUUGGGACUCUCUUCUUAUUUAAAAGAGAAACUUGAAUUCAUUCGGAGUGGGGCUGAAACUGAUACUAGUCGGGAAGCCAAGAUCCAUAAAUUAGAUGGAAAAAUCAAAGAUUUACAAGAAGCAGUCACUUCAGCUCAUGAAACUUCAGACCAAUUCAACCAAGAAGUGAUCAAAGAAUUCAAAGUAUUUCAAGACUCAAAAGCGCUUGAAUUAAAAGAAAUCUUAAAUGAUUUAGCAGAUGGGAAUAUCUCGAUGUACAAGAAAUCGAUUCAAGAUUGGGAAAAUAUGAUCCCUUUUUUUGAAAGGAUUAGAGUGGAUACUUAA